AUGCGUCUGCGCAUUGCCAGACGAUGCAAACGCCACUACGUCACACCCUGGCACUCAUCCAGGCCACCACCUGCGCUUGGAGUUAUGUACCAGACGACAAGUACAACGGGAAACGUCUACCAUUGCUGGCGUAUGGGGAUUCACUUGAGUGAUCUUACACGUGUUUGGCACAGAAUACAGAACACAGCAGAAGGCCUGUUCGAUAAUGUUUGA